GACUGGUUUUUUCUCCCAGGCAACCGCUUCUUCGUCUCCCCGUCGCGUCGCCUUCGCGUCUCUCGCCACACCACACCUUUUACCUUCCCGCCUCCCGAGGCCGCCCAGCCCAAGCCCAUCCCAGCCGACACUUGGGCCCACACAAUGGCGACCCGCGCCCGCUUCGUCCACAACAGCCGCCGCCGCCGCGGCGACGAGGAGUCCUCCUCCGAUGACGAACAGCAGCAGGUGGAGUCCUCGUCCUCCGACGACAACGAGGAGGAAGAAGAAGAGGAGGAGGGUCCCGGACAAGUCGUCGCCGACGAGGAGGAGGAGCCGGCGGCCGUGGAGUCUCCGUCUCCGGCGGCGGGGAGGAACGGGAGGAAGGGCCCGAUUACCAUCAGCCUCAAGAAAGUGUGCAAGGUCUGCAAGAAGACAGGGCAUGAGGCAGGGUUUAAGGGGGCAGUGUAUAUAGAUUGCCCCAUGAAGCCUUGCUUCCUAUGCAAGAUGCCAGGUCAUACGACCUUGACUUGCCCACAUAGGGUAGCAAUGGAGCAUGGUGUUAUCCCAGCCCCUAGAAGGAACACAAACACUUCAUUGGAUUACGUCUUUCAGAGCCAAGUGAAAGGCAAGAUCCCCAUGGUCAAGCCUCAGUUUCUGGUACCCAACCAAUUGGAGUGCGGGAACAUUAAAUUUCACCAAAGACGUGUGACUUGCUUGGAAUUUCAUCCAACUAAAAACAAUGUGCUUUUAUCGGGAGACAAGAAAGGGCUACUUGGUAUCUGGGAUUAUGUUAAGUUGCAUGAGAAGAUUACUUAUGACUCUGUGCACUCCUGCAUCCUGAACAGUAUGAAGGUUGAUGCUGCCAAUGAUGGAGUGCUAUACACAGCUUCCUCGGAUGGGACUAUCAGUUGUACAGACUUGGACACUGGAUUAGGCUCACCCUUAUUAAAUCUCAACCCAGAUGGUUGGAAUGGUCCGAACACUUGGCGCAUGAUAUACGGGAUGGACUUAAACACCGAAAAAAGUCUUCUUUUGGUGGCGGAUAGUUUUGGCUUUAUUUACUUACUGGAUAGACGGUCGAAGACAAGAGUUGGGCAACCAAUUCUUAUACAUAAAAAGGGCAGCAAAGUAACUGGCCUCCAUUGCAACCCUGCUCAACCUGACAUUCUUCUAAGCAGCGGAAAUGAUCACUAUGCCCGUAUUUGGGAUACAAGGAAACUCGAGCCCAACUCCUCCCUUGCCAGCCUUGCUCAUGGCCGGGUUGUUAAUUCCGGAUAUUUUUCUCCCCGGAGUGGGAAUAAGAUCUUGACAACAUGUCAGGACAACCGAAUUCGUGUAUGGGAUUAUAUUUUUGGUAAUCUGGAAUCCCCAAGUAGAGAAAUCGUGCACAGCCAUGACUUCAACCGCCACUUAACUCCCUUUAAAGCCGAGUGGGAUCCAAAGGAUUACUCAGAAUCAGUUGCAGUUAUUGGUCGUUACAUCAGUGAAAACUACAAUGGGGCUGCUCUACAUCCCAUUGAUUUCAUAGACACCAGCAGUGGGAAGCUUCUGGCUGAGGUGAUGGACCCCGACAUAACAACUAUCAGCCCGGUGAACAAGCUACAUCCUCAAGAUGAUAUCCUGGCUACAGGAAGCUCAAGGUCCAUUUUCAUUUGGAAACCAAAGACUGGCGUUGACCAUACAGAAGAGAGGACCAGCCAGAAGGUCAAGGAAUAUGUAUAUGGGUCAGGUUCACAGAAGAAAGCAAAUGGCAAGCAUGACAAUAGUAGUGACGACGACUCAGAUGGUGGUUGUGAUGGAAAGAAGAAGAAAGCAAAGAAGACUCGCUUCACUCAUACUGCAAAGGGAAAGGAAAAGGGCAAAUCCAAAGUUUGAUUAUAAAUGUAGUUAGUGCGGCAGCAAUUUUGGCAGAAACAACUUGUUAACAGCAGCUGCUGUAGCUUCUUUUGGUGGUACUGGUACCAUAUUGCCCAUGGUAGUAUGUCAUAGCCAUCCUAAGCGACAAACAUUUAGAAUUAGGCUUCUGUUGCUUUGAAUCAUUAACUAUGUGUGUAUAUAUCUUUAAAAAAAAUUAUAUAUAACCCCCUGCUCUGUUGCUUGAAUGCAGUUAUGUACACAGCCGUUUGCAAAAAAAAAAGUUAUGUACACA